CGCCAGCCAGCUCCAAUGGCAAUUCCUCCGUCGUACGCAGACCUUGGCAAAUCUGCCAGAGAUACCUUCAAUAAAGGAUAUGGGUUUGGGUUGGUGAAGCUGGAUGUGAAAACAAAAUCUGCAAGUGGAGUGGAGUUCACAACAUCUGGUUCUUCGAACACCGACACUGGAAAAGUUAAUGGGAGCUUGGAGACCAAAUACAAGUGGGCUGAGUAUGGGCUGACUUUCACAGAAAAACGGAACACAGAUAACACUCUGGGAACAGAAAUUGCAAUUGAAGAUCAGAUUGCCAAAGGCUUGAAGUUGACGUUUGAUACAACUUUCUCACCAAAUACAGGAAAGAAGAGUGGUAAAAUCAAGUCAGCAUAUAAACGUGAAUGCCUAAACCUCGGUUGUGAUGUUGACUUUGACUUUGCUGGGCCUGCAAUCCAUGGUUCAGCUGUCUUCGGUUAUGAAGGCUGGCUGGCUGGUUAGCAGAUGACUUUUGAUAGUGCCAAAUCAAAAUUGACAAGGAACAACU